AGUCACGUUCUUACCAUCUUAUCAGUUUUUGUUUUUGUUUUAUACAAUUGUGACUGCAUUCCGAGUUCCGAUUCACUUCGUACUUCGUUCCAAUAUAUAAUUUCACCAGAGAGACGCCUUCGUAGUUCGCUCUGAUCUCACUAUGACAACAAAGAAGGAAAUGUUUCUUCCCAUCAAAUUACCUUCACAUAAAUCAUAUCAAGGAAAAAAUUUGACAGGAACUGAACGUUUUGUAUAUGAUUUAGCUGCAGAUAUUAAUGCAAAUAUACAACAAUGGAAUAGUUUCCAUAUUGAAGGAAUCACCUAUUUAAAAAACAUAAUACAAGUAAAGCGUGACAAAAAUUAUUCUGUGAUUUUGCAAGAUUUAUGCGAUAAGUUAGAAAAUGUUUGCGAUAGUUUGGAUGGCAUAAUUAGAAACUUGGAGCAAAUUAAAAAUCAGUUGAAAGUCACAACAGUUUUACAAGAAACUACAAAUAAAUUGUUUUUAACAUGGCCAAUGAGCAAGUUUGAUGAAAUAGCAGAAACUAUAUAUGAGAUGUAUCAUAAGGAAGCUACAUUGAGACGCAAUUUACUGGAAAAUAUUGCUCAUAAUUAUACAGAAACUUGGAAAAUGUUUUAUCUUGCAGCAUGGGUACAUCAACCUUUAUUAUCUGAAAAUUCAACAUCAUUAUUGAAUUCAUUGUUAAUCGAAACAGGUCACCAAUGAUAACAAUUUCUAAUUUAGCAUUUAAUUUUCCUUUAUUUUAAUGUGUUAUUAUUUAAGGAAUUAAAAUAAUACAUUAGACAAUCAUGAUUCGAUUAAUAAAAAGAAUUGCAUUGUAUACACAAUAUAUUCCAAAAUUUGUGAUUCUAAAUACUAUAACAGAAAAGUUCUCGAAGAAUUAAAUAAUAUUAAUUGAACAAAUAUUAAAUAUUUAAUUGAUAUUAAUUUUUUUCUAAUUUUUAUACAUUUUAUUAAUUUUCCAUUUAUAAAAUUGUAUAUAAGUAUAAUAUUUAUAUAAUA